CUACAGUUCUUGUUGAAUCCUUGGACUGACUCACACCAUCAAGUCUUUCUGGGUUCUACUGUUAUGGGUCAAUGUUGUUUUCUCAGAGAGUCGUGCACUUUCAAGGUAAACAGCCAUCAUCCAUCCUCCUAUCCUGUGGGUGACGGUAAUGUACUUUUCAGGAUAAUUUCCAACAGCCAUUCAAUUUUACAGAAGAAAAUCUCGGUGAUCAAUCCAAGGCGACAGCACCGUCCUGUGGCCGAUUUCUGUAGCGCACUUGUUGGAAUUCAAAAUGGCCGCUCCCUCGCUCACAACAACAACACAGUUCGUGAAUUUUAGCAACAGCGUGAGGAAUGGCAGGUGUAACAUCACUGUUGUGAACCAUGAGAAAACAGUCAAAGUUCUCUAAAGGCUCCUUAAAAGGUGUUCUAAUGGAGGAUCGAUGCCGGACAGAAGUGCGUAAAUCAUGAGAUGUCUGAGGUGGCAAAAUGGAAAGAAGACUCUAAUAAAAAAAGACUAGAUUGAUUGCAGUAUUUUAAGUAAAAAGGCAACCCCUUGCAAGAUACUCAAGUGAAAGACUGGAAUGGCAGAACACUCUCCGAGCAGCAGUGCUGCAGCAGGGCAAGAGGUUGUUCAUGAAGACGGCACCAUGGACUCUCUGAGGUCCAAAUGUGUUCAGCUCCUUGUAUCCGCCAUCUGUCCUGAACCACAAGAAGUGGAAACAGCCACAGAACUGGCUGCACAGGUUGAGCAACAGAUCCGCUGCAUCCACACAUCAAAUCAGGUUAAAUACAAAGCCUGUGUAAGAAGCAAGGUGGCCAAUUUGAAGAAUCCUAAAAACGGCCACCUUCGCCAAAGCCUGCUGAGUGGCUCCCUGACUCCGGAGGCCUUCGCCCGCAUGUCAGCGGAGGAAAUGGCUUGCGCCGAGCUUCGGCAACUGAGGGAGGUGUACUCGUCUUGUGGUGUCAGUGAGAGGCAGCUUCCUCGUGGAUUGGAAGGGACGGUGACGCGGCGGCUUCGCUGCGAGCGAUGCGGCGGCUCAGACUGCAGGGUGACACAGGUGAACCGAGGGGCUCUCUUCCUGCCGGGUUGGGUGCGGCGAGGAGGUCCUGACGACGAGGCAAUGACUUUUGUGACUUGUAGCAGUUGUGGGCAGCAGUGGUACCACAGCGGCUGGGUCUGCCUGUGAUUUUUGGUUGAGUUUCUCCUAGAAAAACUAUAUUAAAAAAAGAUUAUUACCUAAUUCCUAUAUUCGAAAUGAGCCUACGCUAUACUCCAUUCAUGCAGCAUGUAAUCAUCAUGUCAUAGGCAGGUUUGCUAUUCCCAUCAGCUGCAAAAAAUUAUGUGAACAUUCGGUCUUAACUGCUGACACUGUGGUGUGUCUGUCCAAUCAUAUUGAUGGAUAUAUAGGUGUUCAACCGUUCAUGUUUUGUGUUGUUACAACAACAAUGAUGGAUGAAUCCAAACUGUCCUUUACAUUAAUCAAACAUUUGCCACAACAACUCCAGCAGACUAAGCCUGUCGUGAUAUGCAAUAAGUCAAUUUAUCGCACAGUAAAUAAAAAUUAGGUCGUUAAUUUUUCCAGCUGCGAUUUAUUGCCGCAUGCGUGUGUUUGCGUGUGCUGCAUGCACUCGGCACACUUACGUGUUGAUUUCAUAUGAGACUCCAGUUCCUUUUACGGAUGUCUAUUUGCCAUUAACACACCAUAGAAUUAAAGUUCAGACAUACAAAAUAUGAAAACACAUCUAUAUUAAACAUUGUAAAACAUUAGCAGUACUACAUUGAGUCUAAUGGGGAAAAAAGGCAAUGUACUAACCAACCACCUUAGCCAGCUAGAAAACAUUGGCAGUCUUCUCCAAAAUGCAACUUGUGGUUAAAAGUUGACAAUUCAAACAUGAAAAGUCGCUGGUUUACAGCAUUUGCAAAUGAUGCAAAAAAAGAAAAAAAUCAAUUACUGACACAUGCAUGAAGGAAAUGGAACAAAGUGUAAAGUUUACGGUUUAUUUCCAAAUAAAAGCACACCAUGUUCAAUAUGUAAAUAAAGAUUUCUGGAGUUCAUCUCAUAUUCUACACUAAGAAGAGCUUUAAAAUGACACCCAAAUUGGAAAAAUCUGAUUGGAAAUGAAUAUUUUGGCUUUAAAUUUGCUGACAUGCGCACUUUUCAGGACACGAUGUCAGUCAUUUGGGAUCAAAUAAAUGCUUUUAAUUGGCUCUAAUUGGCCAAGUAAAAAAAUGAAGUUGGAUUUCUCACUUAUUUCAUAUUCUUCACUUAGCUAGCUUUCAAACUACUCGUUAUGCAUUGUCUAUGUGUGUUUUUUUUUUUAUUUUAAUUACAUUUUAUUUUUAAUAAAGUUUGUUUUAUUUAAAAAUAACAAUUUAUAGCAUUUGAAUGGGUGAUUUAUCAGGAUAUAUUGUCACUAUAUUAGUGGUUGAACUAAAGGUUUGACAAUCUUUGACUAUUGAAAUUUGACAAUAAUAUUGCAUAUCGGCAAUAAUUUAUGAAACAAUAUAUCACCUCCUAAAAUCUGUCAUCGCGAAAAGCCUACAGUAGACUUACGCGGACCCUUUUAGUGAGAACGGAGAAGGAUUUUGCAUUUUUCCUCUGGAAGAAUGGAGCUGACACAAUGCAGGAUGAAAAUAACAAUCAUCACCUCUACCAAGCUAUAAUUCAUUUCACGUCAAAUCUAGCUGUUGUUGAUUGAGCACUUUGAACUAUAACAUCAGCGGGUAAAGCUGUGUGCCAAAAUCGUAUUACAAACCAGGCAACACAUGUGAAAGUACUUUACUUGUCAUUAAUUAGUCCUGCUCAUCUAAAAAUAAAUCCGCUAGGACACAAUAGCACCCUCUAUUGACCAAAUGCUCCUAAUUCAAAGCACAAAAACAACGUGAUCCAUAGAACUGUAUGGUAGCUGUGGAAACAAAUAAAUAAAACACUCAUGUGAUUAGGCAUAUGACCCUCAUUGGAAACAGCUAGCAUGUGAACCCUCAAAGCACAACAGCCUGAAUCCAUUCACACACACAUACACAGCGCCGCUAAUCUAAUCGAAGCGUCUAAUAACUAUUAAACUAACUGUCCUGGUUUAUCCUUUCUUUUGCCCAGGAUUAUUACGUAUCCUUCCCUGUAAAUUUCUGUACAAAUGUAAGGCAUAUAAAAAAUACGUAUACAAAUAAAUAAAUAAAUAAAUAAAUAAUAUAUAUAUUUAUUUAUUUAUAAGGGGUGUCAAACGAUUAAAAUUUUUAAUCGAGUUAAUUACAGCUUAAAAAUUAAUUAAUCAUAAUUAAUCGCAAUUCAAACCAUCUAUAAAAUAUGCCAUAUUUUUCUGUAAAUUAUUGUUGGAAUGGAAAGAUAAGACAUAAGGCGGAUAUAUACAUACAACAUACUGUACAUAAGUACUGUAUUUGUUUAUUGUAACAAUAAAUCCACAAGAUGGUAUUAUUAACAUUCUUUCUGUUAAAGUGAUCCACGGAUAGAAAGACUUGUAGUUUUUAAAAGACAAAUGUUAUAGUUACAAGUCAUGGUAAUUUUAUAUUAAAACCCCUCUUCAUGUUUUCGUUUUAAUAAAAUUUGUAAAAUUUUCAAUCAAAAGUAGAGUUAAUAUAAUAAUAAUAAGAAUAAAAAUAACAAUAAUAAGAAUAGAGUGAUCAAAGUCUGAGUAAGUUUUCCGUGUAUUUUGCAUAGCUAUUUUGAUAUGGAAUGCCAGUUUAUUUUGCAUUGUUGUGUAACUGUGAGAAUAGGGCCUCAUUACUAGACUCUGAAGUGCUUUUCUUUUUGUGAACGUAUUUUUUUUAGAGGGAUAGGAAUAUUAUUUUUGUUGUGCUUUCACUAAACGAUACUUAUGUUUGUUGUGAAGGAGAAGCUUAUGCCAAUAAACGGCGCGGUCCAAAGAAUGCCUGUGUCCACUCGCCUUUAUAAAAUAUAUAUCUCUGUACAUAUCUUACCCAAAAUACAGCAAGAGACACAUAAUUGCCACUAAAAGAAAGAAAACUUACCGAAAUAUGU